AUGGCGGUCAACAUCAUGUCGGCUCGCUGUCGAGCGUCCGUUCUGUUCCUCUACCUCCUCGGUUGCUUCCUUCAGGUCCUCGUCCAAGGAGAAGUGUUUCAGGCUCCGCAGGCCCAACACGUGUUCCUGCGCUCCAGACGGGCCAACACGUUCCUGGUGGAGGAGAUCCUGCAGGGGAACCUGGAGCGCGAGUGCUACGAGGAGCUGUGCAACUACGAGGAGGCCCGCGAGUACUUCGAAGACACCGCCAAGACGAUCGCCUUUUGGACCGUUUACUACGACGGGGACCAGUGCAAGCCGAACCCCUGCCUCCACGGAGGGAACUGCACUGACAAAGUGGGGGGGUACCACUGCUCCUGCGCCGCCCCCCACUACGGAACACUCUGUGAACUGGGAGCGCCUGGAGAUGGAGGACAGCCGCCCUCCUCGCCACAAGCAGGUUGGACCACACCCACAGAAAUCUCAGAGUGUCUGACUGAAGGUCCGACAGCUUGUCACCAGCUGUGCACGGCGUCCUUCCACAACUUCACCUGCUCCUGCAUGUCAGGAUUCAAACUACAGACGGACAGACGGAGCUGCCUGCCUGAAGUGGAGUUUCCCUGUGGAAGACUUCCUGACCAGUUCAACACGACUGCGUCAAUGUGUCACCAUGGAAACUGUCCCUGGCAGGUGUCCCUGCAGAACUUCGACGGGGUGGAGCUGUGUAGUGGCGUGGUGCUGGGUCGAUUCUCUGUCCUGACAGCCGCCCGCUGCCUCUCCCUGGACUCAGGAUCUGAUCCCCGACCCUCCAACUUCUACGUGGUCCCGGGCAACGAUAAGAUGCGCGUCCCUGUCCAGGCUCUUUACGUCCACAACCGUUUCCGUCCAGAUCACCACGACAACGACCUCGUCCUCCUCAAGCUGGCCCGUCCCUUGCACUUUAGCCCCGCCCUCAUCCACCUCUGCCUGCCCACCAAAGACUUCAGUGAAAACAUCCUGAUGCAUCCUGGGAGGAUGGGAAUCGCCGAGAGACGGGGGGUUAGUCGGACCCAAAAGCUGGUCUACAUGACGCUGGACGAGUGUCGCAGUCAGCUAAAUGUCUCGCAUCCGCUCAGCAACAAAAUGUUCUGCAUGAGGAGCCCAAAUGGACCUUUGGGGAACCAAAAUAGAGUCCAGAGGAGCCUGAAUGGACAUUUAGGGAACCAAAAUGGAGCCCAAGGAAUGCAGAAUCCAUCUUUAGGGAACCAAAAUGACCCCGGGGCCACCAAUCCGAUCUUUAGGGAACCAAAAUGA